AGUUAAAUGAAAACAUUUCAAACACAACGGAGUCUACACGUGGGGAAGUGUCAUGUGUCAGUUAAAACUUUAUGGUAGUAUUUAACUAUGGCUUCCACAAGAAAUACAGCUUUAAUUACCUGAACUAAAGUAGAUGUUGAGUCGUGUUAUGGUAACGUAAUUAUUGAUGAACUUCAGGCUGCGUGGUACUAGGAGUAAAAUAGUCCACUGAUCGCCCAACCGGACACGAUGGCUCAGACGUGGAGCGGAGGACACUCCGCCCCGGUGUUGUGCGUUCAGUCUGCGGGCGGGGCCGCGGGCGUAUUGGCGUCGGGAGCGGAGGGGGGCGAGGUGACCGUGUGGAGUCCGGAGGGGACUCCUAUCGCUCAGCUACGCUUACCGGGCGGGGACGACGUCACCUGUGCGGCCUUCUCCCCAGCAGCGCCCGGGCUCCUGUACGUGUCGCACGGGGAGGCGGUGAGUGUGUUGGACCCCAGGAAGCUGAAAGAGCCGGUAGAGCACCUGAGCGGAGUCGGUGAAGACGAGAUCAACGGGCUGUCCUUCAACGAUACCGGCAGCAUGCUGGCUGCGGGGGACGACUCGGGCGCCGUGAGGAUCGUGGAGGUGCAGAGCGGGAAAGUUGUACGCACGCUGCGCAAACACACUAACAUCUGCUCAUCUGUCGCCUUCAGACCGCAGAGACCGCAAAGCCUGGUGUCCGCUGGACUUGACAUGCAGGUGAUGCUGUGGAGCCUGCAGAAGACGCGGCCGCUGUGGUCAGUGAGCCUGCAGGACUCCCAGGAGGCCGUGGGGCGGCCCGGUCAGCUGUUCAACCCGCCGCUGGUGCACUGCGUGACGGCCUCGUCCUGCGGGAACCUGCUGGCCUGCGGAGCCGAGGACGGCCGGCUGCACCUGCUGCGUGUGGGCGCAGGCUCCCGUGUGGACCACCAGGUGGCGCUACAGGCCCACAGCCAGGGCGCGUCGCAGGCCCACUUCCUCAGCUUCCUGUCCCACCCCUACUGGCUGCUGUCCGCCGGCAACGACGGGGUGGUGGCCCUGUGGGACGCCAGCGCUCACGCGGAGCUCCCCCCGGAGGCCAAGGCCAGCAACAGCAGCCGCGCGCCAGCCAGCCGCAGGAGAGCCAGAGGCAAGCCGAAGGGAGCGCGCGCACCACCCAGAGCUCACCACCAGGGGGCGCCCCAACAGCAGGAGCCGCACGCAGCAGGCCCACACAGGGAGACUGCAGGGGAGGGUGUGUGUGAGGGUGCGGAGGCGAGUGUGUGUGAGGGUGCGGAGGCGAGUGUGUGUGAGGGUGCGGAGGCGAGUGUGUGUGAGGGUGCGGAGGCGAGUGUGUGUGAGGCAGGCCCAGGGACGGAGGAGAGGCCAGUACCCGCUCUAAGCUUCACACACACGGACAAAGUGAACUGGGUUUGUCCCGCCCUGCUGCAGGGGAGGCCCAGCGUGGUGGUGGCCGACCAGAGCGCUGAUUUACACGUGUACCCUCUGAUUCUUGACCUCUAGUGACCUGUAGUGACCCCUACUGGCUGACUAGAGCGCUGAUUUACACGUGUACCCUCUGAUUCUUGACCUCUAGUGACCUGUAGUGACCCCUACUGGCUGACUAGAGCGCUGAUUUACACGUGUACCCUCUGAUUCUUGACCUCUAGUGACCUCUAGUGACCCCUACUGGCUGACUAGAGCGCUGAUUUACACGUGUACCCUCUCAUUCUUGACCUCUAGUGACCCCUACUGGCAGACCAGAGCGCUGAUUUACACGUGUACUCUCUCAUUCUUGACCUCUAGUGGCCGACCAGAGCGCUGAUUUACACGUGUACCCUCUGACCCCUAGUGACCCCUGACCUCUAGUGACCCCUACUGAUGGAUUAGCGCUCUAGCUCUCCUGUGUGUGUUUACUAGUGAAAGAUACUCAAGUAUGUGCUGUAACAAAGUAGUUAUAACAGAAAGAGGUGUGUGUGUGUGUGUGGUGUGUGUGUGUGCGUGUGUGCGUGUGUGCGUGUGUGCGUGUGUGCGUGUGUGCGUGUGUGUGCGUGCUCUGAGAGCAGAUCUGAUGAGGAUGAUGUGUGGGACUGCAUGAUGAUCUCGUGUGUCCCAAGCUGAUGUGCUUGUGUGUGUGAGAUUGAUUGAUUUUUAUUUGACCAAUUAAAUAUGAAAUAUGAAACAAUACUUUGUGUCAUACAUUAAACUACAUAAAUAGUCAGGGACGACACAAUUAAGCCCAAAGAUAGUACCGUUCUCUCCAGUAGCGUCUCAGUACGCCCGCUCCUCAGUAUGCGCCCCUACAUUUGGACAGCACUAACUAGUUGGCGUCACCUGACUCGGGGAGGGGGGGGGGGUGUUGCUUGACCAUUUGCAUGACGUGUGGAGCUUGACCUGCGCUGCGCAAUGGAUUAUGGGAUAUCUGAGGCCGAAAACAGAUGCUAGUGAGAGCGCUUGAGUUUCGGACAGUCUAUUCUGACGUAACUUCCGGAAAAUGCACGCUGCCCAGUGUGUGUACUUAUGAUUCAGACACAGCCCUGGUGACCAGUUACAGAGGGCAGUCUGCUGCAUAAAGAAAAGACAAGACUGAUGCCCGCACUAGUCUCUGCUCUGAGGGCACACAACCUGUUGAGCUCGCCCUACUGGAGUACCUGCAUCACACCCUCUCAAAGUGAGAGUCCUAAUCGGGAGGUCUAAAAUACCAAUGAAUUCAUGACAUGACAUUACAUUACAUUACAUUACAUUACAUUACAUUACAAUACAUUUCAUUACAUUACAUUACAAUACAUUACAUUACAUUACAAUAAAUUCAUUUAUUAAUAUUAAUAAUAUAAUUAUUAUUAAUUUAUAUUUUAUUUGUUUCCGGUUCCCUGUGACACCACAGUACCAUGAGCCACACACAUAAUCAAAAUAAGGCUGAAUUAAAGCUCCUGCCAGAGUGUGUGUGUGUGUGUGUGUGUGUGUGCGUGUGUGCGUGUGCGUGUGCGUGUGCGUGUGCGUGUGCGUGUGCGUGAGCGUGAGUGUGAGCGUGAGUGUGAGUGUCUGUGUCUGUGUCUGUGUGAUGAUCUGGGAUCUUAGGUCAGGGCAACUUAGGUCAACCCACUCAAUAUUAUCUGUUAUAUCACUGGCUUUGAAUAAAAAAAACUGUGACAGCCACACACAGAAAGAUGUGUGCGUGUGUUAUAUUCUUGAUGAAAGACUUGAG